AUGGACUUCACAGAGAUCUACCGCCAGACCGCCUCGCUUGUUGCAUUCAGCCCCGGCACCCACUUCCUCCUCACUGCCGUGCAAGACCGCCUCGUCGUCCGCCGCUCAGACUCGUUUCAGAUCGCCCGCACCUGGCUCGUCGACCCCACCCCGUCGCCGACCGCGGCGGCGCUCCCGCGGGACAAGGAGCGCGAGAAGGACGCGCACGGGUGGAUCACGCACGCGGGGUGGUCGUGCGACUCCGAGUACGUGCUCGGCGCGUGCGCGCGCGCGGGCGUCGUCCAGGUCUUCAAGCUCCGGGACGAGGCGUGGACCGCGCGGAUCGACGCCGGCAGCGAGGGGCUCGUCAAGGCGGAGUGGGCCCCGGACGGGCGCACGGUGCUCUGCUUCUCCGAGUGGGGUCUGAGGGUGACGAUGUGGUCGCUCGUGACGGGCGCGGCGACGUAUGUGCAGUACCCGAUCCACCCUGACCGAGGGUACGCGUUCCGCAACGAUGCGCGAUACUUUGUCCUCGCGGAGCGCCACAAGUCCAAAGACACCUUGGGUGUGUACGACGCCGGCGAAGCGUACCGCAUGGUUCGGCACUUUCCCCUCCCCACAAGCUCGCUCGCCUCCGUUUCGCUUUCCCCGACAGGCAACUACCUGGCCGUGUGGGAAGGGCCCCUAGAGUACAAGCUGUACAUUGUGACGCUUGCGGGGAGUGUUGUCGGAUCGUUCUGCCCUGAGCCAGAUCCAGGGUUCGGCAUUCGAAUGGUAUCAUGGCAUCCUUCCGGGCUUUUUCUGGCUGUCGCGGGGCAUGACGACAAGGUCUACAUCCUCGAAAGCCUCACUUGGAAUUCAAUGGCAACUCUUGAUCUUCCCACUCGAAUACCUGCCGGUGUGCAUGUCUGGAAGGAGCCGUCAGCAUGGCUAGAGGCGACACACGGGCGAGGCUUUCUGUCUUACGAGCGCAUACAAUCACCAUACAUCCUCCCCACCAGUGCAUCUCAAACACGCGCAAAGGGAACCCGCCCCACACCCUCCGCACAAUCCGGGAGCUCGACAACCUCCUCGCGUACGGGCUCGGGGACAACGCAGAUCGGGUUCAACACCUCUGGCACGCUCCUCCUCGUCCGCUCGGCGUCCGCGCCCGUCGCCGUGCUCCUGUACGACUUCCCGUUGCCGCGCCGCGACGACCCUGCGCUCUCGCAGUCGCAGUCGCCCCCAGCGCCGCUGAAGCCGCGGCUGCGGAGCGUGCUGCUGCACGAACGCCCGGUGAGCGCGGCGCGGUGGAACCCCGACCCGGGGCGGGCGGGGCGGCUCGCGGUUGCGUGCGGGAGCCAGAGCGUGUACCUGUGGAGCGACGAGUGGGUGGUCGAGCCUGGCGCGGAUGGGGCGCGGGACGAGGACGAGGCAGAGGCGGAGGUGGCGGAGUGCGUUGGCGUGCCCGCUCAAAAGUUCGAGACCCGAGACGUCGCGUGGGCGCCCGACGGGAAGGGGAUGGUGCUGUUCGACCGCGAGACGUUCUGCUGCGCGUUCGAGGUCGAGGAGGACGGGCAGGGCGACGGCGGUGGGCUGACGCCGUGA